AGGGAUGGCUGCAACGUCAGCGCAUGUCCGGCAACCUUGUAAUCAAUGCCACGUCUCCGCGUCGUGCAGUCUUCAGCGGAACCUCUCAUCGCGAACAUGGAGAUCUCACCCGAUGGACAAGCGAUAUCAUUGAACGCGAGUUACCAGCGAGAUGUACGGUACAUCUUUACACCCAGCAACUGGAUUCUCGGUUCAAUAGGCAUCUGGCCGGUCGCGUUCCGUGGCAUUGGGCAACAUAUUUCCAAACUCACUGUACUCAUUUGCAAUUUUGUAUUAAGCUUCGCGAUACUGCCCUGCGCCCUGCAUAUCAUUUACGACCAGAAGGACCUCAACAUAAGGCUCAAGCUCUCCGGACUCUUGGGCUUCUGCAGCACCGCUAUGAUGAAGUUCUUCGUUCUCGUGAUACGUCGUCCAAAGAUACGAGAGUGUAUCGAACAUAUAAAAGACGAUUGGUGGCAGGUGAAGUUCAAGCCCGAGCGCGAACUGAUGUUGAAGUACGCCAGCGCCGGUCGCAAACUUUCCAUAAUCAGCGCAUCUUCCAUGUACACCGCCGGCUUCAUUUAUCACUUGGUCCUGCCGUUUUGCACCGUGCACAAAAUCGCCAACCAAACGAUCAGACCUCUGGUGUAUCCCACUUACAGCCAGUUUAUUCAGACCCAGGUGAGUCCGCUCUACGAAAUUGUGUAUCUGGCUCACUGCAUGUGCGGAUACACCAUGUACACGAUCACAGCCGGUUCGUGCGGCCUGGCGGCGAUAUUCGCCGCUCAUGCCUGUGGUCAGAUCGGCGUGAUCGCGUCUAAACUGGAGGAUCUUCCGCACGGCAAAAAUUACGGGCAAAUAACGGACGUUAAUAAAAGAAUUGCAGCCAUCGUGAAGAGUCACGUUCGUGUAUUGAGAUUCGCAGCUCUUGUGGAUGAAAUCUUACAAGAAGUAUGUUUAUUGGAAUUUAUCAGUUCUGUAUUUACAAUGUGCUUGCCCGAAUACUUCUGUAUAGUGGAUUGGCAAGAUAGCGACGCAGUCGGACUGACCACUUACUUUUUGCUGUUUAUUUCAUUUUGCUUCAAUAUGUACAUAUUAUGCUAUAUCGGUGAGCUACUCAUGGAAAAGAGCAGCCAAAUCGGAUCGAUUUGUUUUACGAUUGACUGGUAUCAACUGCCAGUGAAAUCAAUUCGCAGUUUAAUAUUAGUAAUCGCUAUGUCAAGCCAUCCCAUAAAGAUUAGCGCUGGUAGAAUGUUAGACCUAUCUUUGGCGACUUUUGGAAAUGUACUCAAAACAAGCCUGGCAUAUUUAAGCUUCCUCCGGACUAUAAUAAUGUGA